AUGACUGGAUCCAAUUCACCAAAAAAUACCAAAGUAUUAAGAAAGGUAUUGAUUCCAUUAGAUAAUAGCACUGAGUCGAAGAAAGCAUUAGAUUGGUAUAAAGAAAAUAUGAAACGUGAUGGUGAUUUGAUUAUAUUUGUUCAUGUCAUUGAUCCUAUUCAACCAUCAGCGUUAUCUGCAUUAUCACAUGAAUGUGAAUCGAUGCCAGCUGGUUCAUCAUUUCAUGUACCAGAAGAAACUAUGAGAAGUGCAAGAUAUUUAUGUCAAGAGAUGGUACAUAAAGCAACUAAAUAUGGAAUCAAAUCUGAAGGUCUUAUUCAAAUUGAUAAUAAAGCUGGUCCAGCAUUAGUUAAAACAAUAAAUGAAAGAAAGAUUAAUGCAGUUGUAAUGUCAAAACGUGGUUUAGGAUUUUGGAAGCUUAAUUUUACACCAAGUGUUACAUCAUAUGUAUUACAUCAUUCAAAUAUUCCAGUAUCUAUAAUACCACCAUCAAAUUGUUAG